AUGUCAACAGAUAGAGGAUGGAUGUAUAGAAAGAAUGAUGAUCGAGGGGCUCUUAGCCGGACCUAUGUCAGACACUUGGAAGGUUUUUUGGACAUUGUCUAUGCCAAUGAAGAUUACGUUGAAAAGGCAACUACACGUGAUGGGAUAGUGUUCCACAUCAGAUGUCCUUGCUCUAAGUGUCGAAACGAAGCCUACAAAGAAAGAGAAGACGUGAAACUGCACUUGAUGAAAUAUGGUUUCAUGCCUGAUUAUACCAUUUGGUGGGGACAUGGUGAAACCUUUUCUUUACAUGCAUCUCAUCAAGACGUGGGUCAAUCUUCUAAUCUUAUAGUGGAUCACAAUGAAAGUUAUUUUCAAAUGGUGAACGAUCACAUGGUACAUGAUGCCAUGACAUGGGAAGAGCAAACACCUAAUCCUUCUGCCCAAGGAUUUUAUAACAUGUUACAAACUGUUGACGAGCCUUUAUGGGAUGGAUGUAAAACUUUUUCAAAAUUAGGGGCUGCGACGAGUUUGUUGCAUUGGAAGGCAGAAUGUAAUGUACCCGAUACAACAUAUAAUAGAGUGCUUCCUGUUUUUAAGCGUAUGCUACCUGAGGGUGAUAAAUUACCCUGUAACUUCUACGAGACGAAGAAGAGUUUGAAAAAUCUUGCUCUACCAAAACAAAAGAUCGAUGCUUGCAAAAAUCAUUGCAUGUUAUUUUACAAGCAUGAUUCUGGGUUGACUCACUGCCGAACCGCGAAAGAGAUGACUUGGCAUUACGAUCAUCGGGCAAAACCGGGUGAAAUGGUACAUCCAAGUGAUGGUGCAGCUUGGAAGCAUUUCGACAUGAGGGAUCCUGACUUUGCUUCUGAGAUCCGGAAUAUUCAACUUCGAAUCCGUAUUCACUAUGGCCCGUCUUUAUUACCAUCUACAAUCUACCUCCUUGGAUGGCUUUGA